AUGAACAAAAUCACCUGCAGUCACAUUUACUACUGGCAGCCAUUCUAUGCCCACGAGGAAAGCAAGGCUUCAGAAGAAGCCAACACUGUUGACAGAAGAACGAAAGAGUCCCUGGAAACCAGACAGAUGGAGUUUACUUUGGCACAGCUCGAGGCCUUGGAGAUUUGCCUGAAGGAAGCAGAAGAAAAGGCUAAAGUCUUAUCCGAACAGCUUGCAGCCUCUGAAGGAACAAAAUCAAAGCUGCUUGAACAAGUUUCCUGGCUGGAGAAAAAACUAGAGGCUCUGGACCAAAAGGAAGACAGGGGGGAACCAUAUGAAAAAAUGGUCCUUGCAAAAGACCAGUGUAUUGAAAAAUUACAAGCUGAAGUGAAAGCUUCCCAGAAGCAACUUGUAGCCUAUAAACUAAAGCACAAAAGGAAACUGGAAAAGCUACAAACUGAUUUGGCAACAGCUAAGCAAGAGGCUGCCAUCACAGUCCUGGAACUCAAUGAGAAGAUAAAGACUCUAUGUGAAGGAAAGCCAGCCCCUAGAGAAGACAGCUCACUGGAAGAGUGCUGUGGUGGUCUCCUGCCUGUGAAAGAAGGUGACGGAAAAAUCAACCUGAUUGUGGAGUUGUCGACCCAGGUUUCCCAUCAGACUGAGAAGAUCACUCAGCUGGAAGAAAUUUUAGAAGAAAAGGAAAGGAAGAUUCAGCAGCUGGAAGCUGAGCGGGAGGCCCAUCCUUUCCCAGAGGUCAAAGACUCUCCAGAAUGUUUACAAGAGGCCCCAAUUUUCUUUAAUAAUAGCAUCACUCCUGUGGUCUAUGAUGAGGAUAUUUAA